UUUCUUUUGGUUCUCUCUCUCUCUCUCUCCGGGGCUCUUCUCUUCUCUUCUCUCUCUGGCUGUCUUGGCAAAAAGAUACCAAAAGGUGAAAAAGAGGUGCAUUUUCAUGGUGGUGGAAGGUUUCUGAUGUUCUUGGAGGUUUAAGUGGGCCUAAAAUAUGGUAGGUUGAGAUUGGUUUUGGGUUUUUCCUCUUUGCUAUAUUGGUUUUUUUUUUGUCCCUUUUCCUGCUGUUUUCUGCGUUGUGAGAAAUGGGGAGUGAUGAUGAGGCUAGCAACAAGGGCAUUGAUGCGUCGGUGGGAGGGUUGGUUUGGGUUCGCAGGCGAAACGGGUCGUGGUGGCCGGGUCGGAUACUUGGUCCCGAAGAGCUGCCUGAGAGCUGUUUGGUUUCUCCAAAAUCAGGGACUCCUGUUAAGCUGCUUGGGAGAGAGGAUGCCAGUGUGGACUGGUAUAACUUGGAAAAAUCAAAACGUGUGAAAGCUUUUCGCUGUGGGGAGUAUGAUGAUUGUAUUGAGAAAGCAAAGGCAGCAGCUAAUUCUUCUAAGAAGGUUGUGAAGUAUGCUCGAAGAGAAGAUGCCAUUCUUCACGCUCUUGAACUUGAAAAUGCUCGCCUAGGGAAAGAUCACCCAGAUUUCUGCUCAACAAUGGAUAAAAAAGACGAGGAUCCUCAGGAUUUUGGGAAGUCACCUAAUUCUUUACAUAGUCAAGAAGAUACUGAAGAUUCGGAGGAUCAAAUCAGUAGUUCCGAGGAUGAAUCUGAUUCUGAACUGGAGUUAUCUCAUUCUGGUGUUUCAUUUGAGGAGCCUGAUCAUCCAAAUGCUGGAAAAGAGGAAUCUGCAGAGGGGAGACAGUGGAGAACGCCAAAUGAUUCAGAAGAUGAUGGAACUGAAGGCAUUAAGCGUAUGAGAGGACUUGAGGAUUUGGGCAUGAGUGUGGUGUCAUCAUUGAAAAGGAAGAGAUCUCAGGUAGCACAUGUUCAUGAGUUCCUUAAAAGAAAAAAUCGUCGCCGGCCAUUGACCAAGGUUUUGGAAAGUACUGUGAUGGUUUCGGUACCUGUCUUGUGUGAACAACUUGGUAGUCCAACUAGAUCAUAUCUCCCUGGAGUAUCUGACAGCAAAGUUUCUGGAAUAGAAUCUAAUGAGUCAAAGAGAAGUUUUUCAAUUGCUAACAACAACUCUGAUAGUACUGGAGUUUCAUGUGAGAAUGGAGCAUCAUUUAAUGCAUCUGAACAUGCUUAUGAUGCUUCCCUCAUGAAAUGUAAACAGAAGGAAAAUGAAAUUUCCAGCAUCUUAGGUUACCAUGAAAAUGGUUCUUCUGACAGUUUAUUUGAUGUGCCUCUCAUGGCAGAAGAAAAGCACUCCGCAGUGAUAUCUUGUGCAUCUCAAAAGCCUCAAAUUGGUGCUGGAGCACAGUCUAGCCAAUGCAGUCAAGUUGAAACUAUGUCUUUGGGAAAUGACGAGCUUAAUGAGUCUGGUUCUACAAGUUCAGGAACAGGUGACAUGAAUACCCUCAACCAGAUGAUAGAGAAAGGUGCUUCAGAGUGGCAGUUAAAGGGGAAGAGGAACUCUAGACACACAAGCAAAAUUAGAAGGCAAGAUUCAAGAUACACGGAUGCAGAUGAGGAAUCUGAUGUAUAUUUGACAGCUAUGGAUCAGGAUGUGCUCUCUCUGGGUUCUGGGCGAAAAGCUGAUUGCAGUUCUAUUGGUGGGUGCCUUGCCUUGAAUAGCACCUACAGGCUAAAGUCCAGAACGGUUACUGAUAUUCAACUAGAUGACUUUGGAGGUUGGAGCAGUUCUCACAAUGAAUGUCAUGUUAGGGAUCUAACAGCUGAGUUACCUCAGAGGUCUCUACCCUUCCGUCUAUCCCGAUUUGUCUUAAAUCCAAAGUACAACCAAUCUGAUUUUUCUCUGAGACACCACAUCACAGAUUCUUCCUUGUACGAUGUUAACGUGGAAGUGAAAGCCAGCUACCGACCUCAUCAUGUUCCAUACAUCUCUCUCAUGAGCAAAUUGAAUGGCCGGCCAAUUAUAGGCCACCCUCUUACUGUAGAUGUCUUGGAGGAUGGCUCCUGUGAUCAACUAGUGAGCAGCUCUGAAUGCCAUAGCAGCAGCUAUGAGUUGGACGAUGAUCCAGCUGAAGACACUUAUCCCUUGCGUAGUUUUGAUAUGGUUUAUGAAAGAAGGCCUAAUUCAGGUGGAAGGACAAACAAGCAUCAAGCAUUGCAACCGCGUGUUUCACCCGCAAAAUCACCGAAGGCAAAGAAAAAUGGGCUUUUGUUGAAAAAGAUCCGCAAAUUGUCUUCACUCACCGGACAUAAGCACUGUGAUGUUGACAAAAAACCGGUGAUGGAGAAGCUCAAGGGCCCUGCCGUGGCUUGUGUUCCAUUGAAAGUAGUGUUCAGCAGGAUUAAUGCUGCUUUGAACAGCUCAAUGCGAUCUACGCAUCGUCUUCUUCCACCAAGCAAUGGGUGAAGAAAUUUGUUAGAUCAUAAUGUUGCAGUAGCUGGAAAGGUUACGUUCUGGUUUUAUAGGAAUUUUGAGGUAGGUAGGGGUCUUACUCUCUCAGUAUAUUCUCAACUUCCGGCACUGUACAUCCUCCCUGAAACUAGAAAAUCCUGCUUGUAUAAUAAUGCCAAAAAUUUGCAGUGUGGUAGGCCUUGUAGGGUUGGAGUUAAGGUAUUCUGGUAUUGGGCUGCUUUUUUGCGGUGUACAUAAGAGUGUAACAUUAGUUGGGGUAUAAAGAUUGUGAUCUGAUAUAUGGUCUUUUAAUGAUCUUAUGUCAGAUCUAAUUCAUAAGUUUAGACUGAUUUACAGGGAUAAUGACCGCAGUGUCAGAGAAGAUCACUGGCAUUGACGAAAAUAGCAA